AUGAUUGGCCCAUUUGCUCAUCCUCCAUUCCCUAACUUCUGUAUCAGCCCCCUCGGUAUCAAAACCAGGAAAUACUCUGGAAAGAAACGCAUUAUCAUCAAUCUCUCAGCACUUCAUGGCAGUCCCAUCCCCAGCAUUAACAGCUUGAUUCCAAGCAAAGACUUCUCCCUUCACUGCACCACCAUCAACCAUGCCAUUCCCUCAUCAAACUUGUCGGGAAAGGGAUGCCUACUGUGCACAGUGGCAGGAGACAAGUGUCUCUCGUCUCCCUGCAACAACGGUGCCACCUGUAUCGACCACCUGGGUGACUAUGUGUGCGUGUGCCCUAAAGGACCAGUGCAGUACAUGGGCAAAAACUGUGAUGAGCUGUAUGAUGCCUGCAUCAUGGCACCUUGCACAAACUGUACCAGCAAACUUGGGACUGAUGAGUUCACUUGCCACUGCCCAGAUGGCUUCACAGGCCUCAAUUGCACCCAGGAUGUAGAUGAAUGUCAGAGCAACCCCUGCAUAGGUGUCCGGUCCUACUGUGUCAACGGAGUCAAUGGCUAUUCUUGCCACUGUCCCUUUGGAUUAGGGGGGGAAGACUGCCAGGAUAACAUGACCACUUGCUCAGAGGAAACAUGCCAGAAUGGUGGCACCUGUAUGGACAUCCCUGACACUGGGCACUGGUGCCAGUGUGCUGCUGGGUACCAGGGGACAAACUGUGAGGAGAACAUAGAUGAAUGCCAAUCUGAGCCGUGUCAGAAUGGAGCCAUCUGUAAAGAUGGGGUCGAUGCCUACCAGUGCUUCUGUGUGCCCGGAUUUCAAGGCUACCACUGUGACUUGGACAUCAAUGAGUGCGCCUCCCGACCCUGUCAAAACAAUGGUACAUGUCUGGAUGAGGUGGAUCACUACAGGUGUGACUGUGUGCCAGGUUUCAAAGGGAUUAACUGCGAGAUAGAGAUAGAUGAGUGCGAGGUGCAGCCCUGCCAAAACGGCGCCACCUGCCGAGACCACAUCGCCAUGUACGCGUGUGAGUGCAUGGCCGGUUUCCAGGGCCAGGACUGUGAGGUCAACAUUGAUGAAUGUGCCAGCAUGCCAUGUCUGAACGAGGGCAAGUGUAUAGACGGGGUCAACAGCUAUGAGUGUGACUGUGAGGGGACGGGCUUUGUAGGUGACCACUGUGAAGAGGAUAUUCCUGAAUGUGCUUCUGAUCCCUGCCAGCAUGGAGCCACAUGCUCGGAGGGGAUCAACCAGUACAGGUGCCUCUGCUGGGCAGGUUAUGAGGGGGAAAACUGCCAGGUGGAUAUAGAUGAGUGUGAGCAGCUUCCCUGUGAGAAUGGUGGCGAGUGUUUCCAGCGCUCAGAUAUCCUGAACUACGGGGCGUUACCUGAACUCAGCACAGCUAAUUUCAGCUAUGAAGAGGCAGCUGGUUUCAUCUGCCGCUGUCUGCCAGGGUUCACUGGAGAGAACUGCUCAGUCAACGUGGAUGAAUGUGAGUCUGCUCCAUGUCAGCAUGGAGGAAGCUGCCAGGAUCUGGUCAACUCUUAUCAGUGUUUGUGUCCAGAUGGCUUCACAGGUGUGCACUGUGAGGUGGACAUCAACGAGUGCGACAGCAAUCCCUGCAAGAAUGGUGCCACGUGCGAAGACGCUGCCAACUCCUAUAGGUGUCAAUGUCCCGAGCCAGAACCUGGCCAGGAGCCAUGGGGUGGGCAUGACUGUGACGUCAGCCUGGUCGGCUGCCAACAGCACCAAUGUCAACAUGAAGCAGGUUGUGUUCCCAUACUGACUGAUAAUGGUAAGCACAGCUACACCUGCCUGUGUCCGCCCGGCUGGACCGGAGAACGCUGCAACACCUCCACCACCUUUUCCUUCAACUCUGAGGGCUACAUCCACAUGCUGCUGCCUGUUUCCAAAAACAGGACAAGGCGAGAGACUGAUGACCAUGGUCUACACAUGCAGCUCCGAUUCAAGAGCACUCUGACUGACAUGGUGCUGUACUACCGGGGCACCAUGGUGCGCUAUGUCUCCCUGGAGCUAGUUGGGGGUUCCCUCCAGGCCAGGGUGAAGUCAGAAAAGCUGCUGCAGGUCAUUUACCCUGGCCCAGUCAAUGAUGGGGAAUGGCACCAGGUCACUGUGACCAUGGAUGAGAGGCUGGUUCUGAUUGUAAAGGGACCCGGCUGUGAGGAAGGGUGCCAGGUGAAGAAUGAGGGCCAGAAUCAUCUGAACUUCCUCCACCCCAGCUCCUUUCAAGAUCUGUAUAUAGGAGGGGCACCACAGGAAUAUUUGGCCCAUGCGUCCAGUGGCAAGGGGUUCAUCGGCUGUAUGGAAGACCUUCAAGUUGACCAUAAGCUGCUCCUGCCUCAGGACCUCAUCAGAGAGGAGAACAAGGGCUUGGAACUGGGAUGCACCAAAAAAGACUGGUGUCAUGAUGACCCAUGCAAGCAACGUGGGCAGUGUGUUGACAUGUGGGUUAAGGCCAGUUGUCAGUGUCACCGGCCCUACUAUGGAGAAAGCUGUGAGAAAGAAUUUCCGUCCUGGACCUUUGGUCAUGAGAACACCACCAGCUACGCUGCCUUCAACAUCUCAGAAACCCAUGGAGAAAACUUCACAAUCUCCUUUAUAAUGCGCUCCCUCAAACACAACGGUCUACUCCUGCAGCUCCAUCAAGAGGAAAAGCCUUACCUGACAGUCUACCUCAAGGAAGGCACAGUUGCUAUCUAUAGCCCUCACACCACACUGCUGUCAGAGGCCAAGCUUGUCACAGAUGGCAACAAUAAUUUGGUGACUGUAAAGGUGCACUAUGGCCAUGUGGUCUUCCCCAAAGCAGGGAAUAGGCGUGCUUUAGGGAAUGUGAGUGUAGAGGCAGGGGAUGUAGCGUAUGUCGGAGGACUCCCUGCAGGCAAGAACAUGAACGCCUGGGGUGGAAACUUCAAGGGAUGCCUGCAAGACAUUCGACUGGACCACAAGCAUCUGUUCACUGUGAAUCAUGCAGAGGGGGUGGAGGUGUACCAGACAAGUGCAGAGGAGAAUGUGCUGCCAGGAUGCCAAAGUGACAACACAUGCAAGGAUGAGCCCUGUUCCAACGGUGGACAAUGUAGGGUCACCUGGAAUGACUUCAAGUGUGACUGUUCCAUUAACUACUCGGGCCGACUGUGUGAGACACGUUUGUGGUGUGUCGACAACCCUUGUCUUGAUGGAGUCCAGUGUGUGGACCUACAGGACGGUUAUGAGUGUUUAACUGAAGCCACUUUUCAAGACAACGCUCUCCAGUAUGUUGCCAAUGGCUCUCUGCUGAGCCCUGUAACCGACAUCACUAUGGACAUAAGAACGCGGGACGAGAAUGGGGUCUUGUUGCGGGCCUCCAGCGGAGCUGAGGUAUUCUGCUUUGGCUUGCUCAACUCCACCCUUCUGGUCAAACUGGACAGCGGGGCGAGUGCAGAGCUGCUGGCUUUUACAAGUGACAGGAUUAUUGCAGACGGGGUGUGGCACCGCAUCCAGCUGACCAUGGUUGACCCCUCACAGUCAUUGUCCCGGUGGCGCCUCACAGUGGACGGGGGGAGAGCGGGUGGCAGCUAUGGCGUUGGCGGAAACCUCAACUUCCUCAAUGAUACCAAAAUCUGGCUUGCUGAGAAAUUCACUGGAUGUUUAGGCGAGGUGAGAGUGGGUGGAGUCUAUCUGCCACUUGUAAAUGUACCAGACGCACCUCAGAUGAGCCACUUCUCCAGACUGGAUGGGCAUGAACCAAUAAUAGGAUGCCAGGGUGCCCCAAUUUGUGAUUCUCAGCCAUGCCUCAAUGAGGGUGUGUGUCAGGACCAGUUUAAUGAGUUUAACUGCAGCUGCACCCCAGGAUGGGAGGGGGAGCUGUGUGAGACAGAGAUAAAUGAGUGUUCUUCAGACCCCUGUGUCCAUGGCACAUGUAAAGACCUUCUGUCAGACUACCAGUGCGACUGCGAGCCUGGGUACAUGGGGAAAGACUGUCAGGACGAGGUAGAUGACUGUCUGGAGUUCGGCUGUGUGAAUGGGGGAACCUGUGUGGAAAUGAUGGAAACUCACACGUGUUCAUGUCCUCCUGGAUACAACGGCAAGCGCUGCCAGUGGCGUUUCCCUCCAGUGGCGUGUGAUGCCAACACAGAGUGUCUUAAUGGGGGGGUUUGUAUAGGAGGCGACUCUGGAGGCAACUGCACCUGCAAGCCGGGAUACAUAGGUGCCAGGUGCGAGACAGAAAUAGACGAAUGUGAGUCCAGCCCUUGUCUCAACGGUGCCACCUGUCUGGACAGACUCAACCACUUCCAGUGUGUUUGUGUGCCGAGCUUCAGCGGCAGACUGUGUGAGAGCAACAAAGAACAGUAUAAAGAGCGAGUCCCCUGGCUGGCAGUGACCAUCCCGCUGACCACGCUGUGUAUGUUACUUGGCAUCCUAGUUGUGUUUUUCCUCAUCAUGACGGCCCGGAAGAAGCGUCAGUCAGAAGGCACGUACAGCCCUAGCUCGCAGGAAGUGGCUGGUGCUAGGCUGGAGAUGGGCAGUGUCCUCAAAGUUCCCCCAGAGGAGAGGCUGAUCUGAGGCCUGCAGCCCUGCCUCACAGCCUUACAUCCAGAGGAUGUGUCUAACUAAAGGGUGGAGAGAACUGAUGCUCUGCACUGUCAUGCUGCUGGGCCCUCUUGCCCUACAGGGAAGUGAUGGAGGAUAAAUCAGUGACUGAUCCUCUGCCUGGGAAAACUACUGACAUUGAAGCCUCAGACAUGGACAGGUAAAAGACCAGAGGAGGAGAGAGGAGAGUGUGUCCAAAGGAUUCUCUGACUCUGGUCAUCAUCCUGAAAAGAGUCUUGAGGAUAAUAUUAAUAUUUAAUCACAUGGGACUUAAAAGAUGUGAGGAUCUCAUGUAAUAAGGAGUGUAUUCACAUAGGCUGAAAAUCUCUGAAACUAAAAUUCUCUGAUGUCCUGUAUAUGGUCAUGUAAGGGCAAGUAAUUCAUCAUUUAUGGUUUGGCAAAGCAAAACCUUAUUUGCAUUCAAAACCUUCCUCUGUAGACCUUCCUUUUGCAUUUGCAUGCCAAGGGAAAGAGGAACUGAGAAAAUACAUUUGAAACAAAUGAUGUCAAUUUGCAGAAUUUAAUUUGCAUGAGUAAUGGCUUAAUAUUAUCAGGGAGUCAUUUCUUCACCAAAAUACUUGUAAUUUGAACUAGAAUUUACAUAUCACGUACACUGGAGGAAUUUCAGGUUGGUAUCUGGUUAAUUUUGGUACAGUUGGACAGUUAUUUAAAGGGGCACUUCACUGAUUUUCCACUUGAAGAUAUCUUCUGUGGCUCUGCAGUUGCUCAGGUCUAAAUAACCCUGAUGAUGUCAUCGUGAUGUCAAUAGGCUUGAUGAUGUCAAUCUGAGUUUGGGCUGGGAGACUGCUAAUUUACAACAGAAAGCAUGCAUUAAAACCAGGAGUGUGGAGUUUGAAAGAGAUGGGCAACUGCAUGAAGGGUCUAAUAAAGAGAUGAUAUCAUGUUGCAAUAUGGGAAGUGUAGGAUCCAAUGUAUUUGGAGCUUGACCCAUACAUAUAAAGGCUAAAAGUUGCCUUCGCUGCACUGAUUUCUACCAUUCAUAUUUGAACUUUUCUCUUGCAAGUCAACUUUAUGGAAAUAUAAUAUUAAAUCACUGAAUCUUGUCACAGGUCCCUCAAUGACACUAAACCUGCAUGACUUAAUCUGCUGCCAUAAUGUCUUUUUCCCUCACUUUUUACUCCUCUUCCACAGUUCAUUUUGUCUCUUUUCCUUAUAUCUUAAAAAAAUGGAAGUUGCAAAAAAGUUAAGAAAGACUUUGAAUGUAUAUACAGUAUGUAUAUUCUUUGCUGAAUCAGAAAUUUUGAAUUUAUACAUUUUGGUGUGGGGCACCAGUGAUUUCACUCAUAAUGCUUGUACCAUGAGAGAAGAGCAUUUGAAGUAUCCCUCCAUCAUUUGUUUGUUGAUUUUUAUUCAGCCAGGCGCUACUGGCUUCUGUCAACGAGUAGCUCCUAAUUAACUGAGCUGUUGCAGUGUUUGGUUUGAAGGAAUUUGUGCAAAGAGUUCAUGUGAUGGUACAUAACUCGGUGUGCUAAUGGACAUCAUUUCAGCCACUGCAGGAGUCAAAAACUGCUGUUAAUAAUUGCUGUAUUAUUCUGUCAAUGUGCACUGUCUGUCCCAGCAGGCAAACUACUCUGCUCACUGUUACUGUGUAAGUAUGCUGUGAGUGUUUUAUCCAUGUCUUUGUGUUGUGUAUAAUGUGCUGCAAAAGUUAGUCACUGUAAUUUUUUUUCUUCUUCUUUUUUGUAACAUAUGCGAGCGGAACACUAAUAAUUGUGGUCUGAGGUGGUCACAUCAGUGUUUGUGGACAUAAAUAACUUUAUUCCAGUGUCAGAAAACAAAGAAAGAAUUUAAUUUGGCAAAGAAUGUCUACUUGAAUUGUAGAACAUUUAGAAGAACAGUUCAACAUUUUUGGACAUACACAAGAGUUGAGAUCUAUCAGUCGUUCUGUAUGUUAAGUACAGAGUUGGAGUAAAGACAUAGUUAUCCUAGCUUAGCAUAGAGACUGGAAGCAGCGGAAACAGCUAGUCUGGCUCUGUCCAAAGUGAAAAAAUACACCUACCAACACCUCUAAAGCUCACUAAUGAACACAUUGUAUCUUGUUGUAUCUAAAUAGACAUCAGAUUGAUAUGAAUCCUCUAUUUUAAUUUAUUUGACCAGAGCUGCUCCAGACAUGUCUACUAGCAACUUGGACUCUUCUCUGAUUUCUAGCUUUGGGAUAAAGUUUUCACAAAUACUGAUCAGACUGCACUAGAAUUUAAAAGUAUUGUGAAGGAUUCUUUAUUUGUUUGAAUUCUUAAACUGAGAAUUUAAACUCUGA